UUGUUUUUUUAAACAAAUCUGAAAAAAAAAAAAAAAAAAAACAACAAGCUGGAAGAGGAAUAUCUAUCGCAUGCAAAGAUGGACGACGAGAGCGAUGAUAAGGAUGACACGAAAAGAAGAUCCCGAAAUUUGAGCGAAAAGAAGCGUCGGGAUCAAUUCAAUUCGCUGGUUAACGAUUUGAGUGGACUUAUAACCACAUCGAAUCGCAAAAUGGACAAGUCAACAGUACUGAAGUCUACCAUAUCAUUCCUAAGGCAUCACAAUGAGGCAACGGAUCGCUCCAAGGUGUUCGAGAUCGAGCAGGAAUGGAAGCCCACAUUUCUGACAAACGAUGAGUUUUCUCACUUGAUGCUCGAGUCCUUGGAUGCCUUCAUGGUGGUCUUUAACAGUGUGGGCUCCGUAUUCUAUGCAUCGGAGAGUGUGGCCUCGCAGCUCGGCUACAUGCCGUGUGAGCUCUACAGCAAGAACUUUUACGAUGUGACCUAUGAGCUGGAUCAGGAGGCCCUGCUGAACGUCUUUUUGAAUCCAGCGCCCGUCGUCGAGCCCCACCUGACGGACAUCGGUGCCAGCAACAAGAUUACCUUCUACACGCAUCUGAAACGCGGCGGGCAGGAGAAUAGGGUUGCGAGUCUGUACGAGCUGGUGAAAUUCGUGGGUUACUUUCGAAUAGAUGGCAACAGCAAUGCAAACGACAGCCCGGACAGCCAGCAGACGCUGCCGCGUAUCCUGCAGGAGCAUCCGGGCGUGGAGCUGGACAAGCGGCUGGUGUUUGUGGGCACGGGCCGCAUACAGACGCCGCAGAUGAUACGCGAGAUGAGCAUCGUAGAGCCGAACGGCACCGAGUUCACCUCGAAGCACAGCAUGGAGUGGAAGUUCCUGUUCCUCGACCAUCGAGCGCCGCCCAUCAUUGGCUACAUGCCGUUCGAGGUGCUGGGCACCUCCGGCUACGAUUACUAUCACUUCGAUGAUCUGGACAACAUUGUCGCCUGCCACGAGGAGUUGCGCCAGACGGGCGAGGGCAAGUCCUGCUAUUAUCGCUUUCUGACGAAGGGCCAGCAGUACAUUUGGCUGCAAACGGACUACUACGUGAGCUAUCACCAGUACAGCUCCAAGCCGGACUACGUGGUCUGCACACACAAGGUAAUCAGCUAUACGGAGAUGCUGAAUGGGGAUAGCGGGGAGCAGCAUACGCCUAGCCAGGCGCCCAAGUCCAACUCGAGCAGCAGCAAGUGCGCCUCGGCGACGACCACGCUGCGUGACAUGGAGCUGAGCAGCCAGCAUCUGGACAGCCAUCUGCUCGACAAUAUGCUUGCCAAUCUGAGCAGCGAACAGACAGCUGCAGCCGCUUCGCCCACGAUGGACUCCUCGCCCAUGUGGUCGUCGGGCGUGGCACCAGCCGCGAGCAGCUCCUCUUUGAAUCCGCUGAAGACCUCCAGACCCGCCUCCAGCUAUGGCAACAUCAGCUCUACGGGCAUCUCGCCGAAGGCCAAGCGCAAAUGUUACUUCAAUUACAACAGCCGGGGCAACGAAUCCGACUCCACGUCCAUGUCCACGGAUUCAGUUACCAGCAGGCAAUCCCUCAUGACGCAUUGCAGCUCGCAAAGUCAUCGUCAGCGCUCGCAUCUUCUUCACAGCCAGCGGCAUCAUUCGCAGCAGCAGCAGCAACAUACAAACUUCCACCAGCAGCAGCAACAGCAACAACAGUUGCAGCUGCAUCAGAGCAUCGGGCAGCCGAAGAUAUUGCCGAUGUUGCCGCUGGCGCCCGCGCAGCUCGUUACGGGCAGCGCCUGCCAGCUGACACAGUCCAGCUAUCCGCUGAGCACACCGCAGCUGAUGGCGCCCAGUUUUCUGGAGCCGCCACAAUAUCUGGCCGCCAUACCCGUGCAGCCAGUGAUGGGACCGUUUCCGGUGGCACCCGUGCUGUCGCCGUUGCCGGUGCCGGUGUCGGUGCAGGGGCAGCAGCCGGAGCUGCUGUCGGGCGCCGUGGUGAUGACCACGACGCAGAGCCAGCUGCAGGAUCAGCUGCAGCGCAAGCAUGACGAGCUGCAGAAGCUAAUCAUGCAGCAGCAGGACGAGCUGCGCAUCGUCUCCGAGCAACUGUUGCUCGCGCGCUAUACGUACCUGCAGCCCGUGAUGCCCGUCAGUUUUUCCACCACCAACAUGACAGCUGCCGGCGCCCAUGUGCAGCGCAGCAUCACUUUCCGGGGCAGCAAUGCUGUGGAGCCGCAGUUCAAUCAGUACGGCUUCGCGCUCAACACGGAGCAGAUGCUCAAUCAGCAGGACCAGCAGAUGCUGAUGCGCCAGCAGCAGAAUCUUCACAGUCAGCAGCAGCACAAUCACAAUUUGCAGCAGCAGCAGCAGCUGCAACAGACCCACCAGCAUCAACAGCAGCAGCACAGGCAACAGCUGCAGCUGCAACACAGCCUGCAACAGCAGCAGCAACAGUUGCAGCAGCAGCAACAGUUGCAGCAGCAGCAACAGUUGCAGCAGCAGCAGCAACAGUUGCAGCAGCAACAGUUGCAGCUGCAGCAUCAGAGCAGCAUGUUGUCGCGUGAGGACAUGGAGGACAUUGAUGCCUUUCUCAAUCUGUCGCCGCUGCAGACGCUCGACACGCAGCUGAACAGCAACUGCAACGGCAGCAACAACAACUCGAACGCACCGCAGAAUACGAAUGAGGACUCGCUGCUGUCGUACAUGCAACUGGCCACCGAAUCGAGUCCUUCGCUCAACUUUCCCAUGGGCAUGAGCGACGACGGCUCCGAGACGCACAGCGAGGACAACCAGAUGAUGCACAGCACCGCGCAGCAGCAACAUCUACUGCAGCAGCAACAGCAGCAGCAGCAACAGCAGCAGCAGCAGCAACUGUUGCAGCCGCAGCAGGCGAGCAGCUUUUUCGCCACGAAUCCUUUCCAGUCGAUCAGCGGCAAUGAGAACCAAAGCCAUUUGCCCAACGAUCUGGAGAUAUUGCCAUAUCAAAUGUCGCAGGAGCAAUCGCAGAAUCUGUUUGACUCGCCGCAUGCGGCCGGCAAAACUCAAUAGUAUAUGGCCAGCCUGGGGGCGUGGCAUACUAACAGAAAUCCUUGAACUCCUAGGACUAGUCAGCUGCUGUCCCCAGGUCUUAAACAUGCCACACUGUGUAUUAAGUAAGGCCCAAUCCUAAGUUUCGGCACAUUCGGCUCUCUUUAUCGAACAUACACAAUACCCAAAAACUAGUUGUAGAUCUCAACAGACUGAGUAUUGCUCUUAAGCCUAAACUUAACUCCCUAAUAACUAACUAUGUAAGCCAUUAACUAUUCAUAUUUUCCAUCAGGCAGCUCGCAUGCUCUCAAAAUUUAGUUCAAUUCAGUUUAAGUUUUAGUUUAGGGAAAGCUUAGCCCAACGUUAGUUACAAUUAUCCAGUAAGUGCCAUUGGCACAAACAGGGAUCUCUGAUAUGUAUAAAAAAAAACCUAAUAAAGCGUAGAUAAACCAGACCGAUUCCAGUGUGUAUAUAGUUAUAGUUUUGUAUGUGUCGACAAAUACCUAAAAGCAACUAAAACAAAAAUGCAACCAAGCAAAUUUU